AUGCGGCCGGCGCAUCGAAUAAAGCUUCUACAGGGCUCAUUGAAGCCUCCGAGAAACCGCACGUCUGACCGUCCUCCCUGCCCGCGCCAGUUCUCGUACAAGCAUCCCCGCCAAUUCCUCGUUGCCCACCAAGGCUCUGCGCGGCCCCAACUUCCGUUCCUCUACCCCUCCGGCCAACAUAUCUCUAAUGGCCAACUCCAACGUUUGUUUUCCAUCAGCGCAAACCACAAGAAAUUCAUAAAGGAGACGGCCAAAUUGAGUGUGCGGUACAGCAUACUAAUUUUCCUGCUCACGUCAUGUUUCAGUAUCGCGAGUUUGGGAAUACUGAGCGAACAACAAGAGCGAGCGUUUCCGUCGCCGCACGAAUGGAGUCUGAUUACACGGUUCAGAUUUAGGAGAGGAAAGUGGUGGCAGGUUCCAGAGAACAAUGAGGAUGAGGGUUUCCCGAACUGGGCGCGGGUCUACUCUGAGCUCGAAUAUGCGCUGAACCGGCUAGAAAAUCCAAACAAGGAUGGAGCUGGUCUGGCGGAGCAAGAGGAGGGAGGAAUACUGGUACCAGGACUAGGCAAGGCGGGCUUCGAUAUAACUGCGAAGAGCGAGGAGUGGCGGCAGGGCUACUAUGAAGUGCUCAUGGGCAUGGCCAGCGCAGCAGAGCGGUUAGAUGGAUGGGUUACGGACAAGUGGAGGAGGAACGUAUGGGCGCCAGAGUUCGUUCAAUCGGCCACGAAUCCGCGACCGAAAGCUGUACUUCCUGGUAUGCCAGAGGUACCUGACGAAGAGCACCGUGUGCCUGCUGCCGAGGCACCUGAGUCGUUUUACCUCAAGAUCAUCACAUCCAAGGGUUUUAGUACAUACCAAAGAUUGUCUGCAGCCCUGGGCUAUGCCGACUGGCUCAGCUUCAGGAAGCUACCAGACUCUGCCGAGGAGAUGUACAGAUGGGCACUAGACAUUGCCAUUGCAGGUCUUCCCACCCCUGAACCCUCUGCCGUCAUCAACCGAGAGACUGCAGUUCUCUCUUCCAAGGCCCCAAAGGAGGCAAUCACUCCAAAUAUUGUUUACGCCGCUACGAAUCUCGCUACCUUCCUAGCUGAGCAAAGGAGAGUCGCAGCCGCACUACCAAUUUUUGUCUCUCUGCUCCGCGCUCGCAUGAGCGCAGACGAGGCUCGUAUUCCCACAAUCGCACCACAAAAAGAUUCAAGCUUGACGGGCACUUUGCUGAGCCUCCUUCGCGAGCCCGACUACCCACCUGUUCCUCCUUCAGGUGAUGAACCACUUUUGCGCAAAGAGAGUGACCGUUGUGAGGAAGCUGCUCUCAAGAACUACAUUGGCGAGAUUCUCUUCGCGACCGCUGGCUCGUCCUCAGACCAGCGCCAGCAGGGCCUCUCGUGGGUCCGCGAUGCCGUUUCUACCUCCAAGGUUGCCCAGUCCUUGGAUGUCAUACGCGCUAACAAGGACCUCCGCAAGAAGUGCGAACAGUGCGAGGAGGUUGGCCUCGAGUCUUGGGGAAAAAUCAUGACCUAUCUUGCUGCUGAAGCCAGAGAAAAGCGUGACCAGGCGAAGAGCGGAGGGUUGUCAAGGUUGCUGUGGAACGUGAAGGGCACGAAAGGGCUGGAUGAUGAAGUGGAGAAUCUGGAGGGUGAAGAGGAGGGCGUCAUACUCAGGCUGAACAAGCUUAGGAGUAAGAUGUUGAAAGAAGAGUAUGCGGAGAUGGAUCGCAAAUAUGCAAGGACAUUUGUAUUCUAGCUGCUGAUUGUAUCAUACAUGUGUAAAUAGGAGGC